AAUAAUAAUUAGAACCCUAAAUAAAAGGACAUGAAAACUGCAAAUUUUAAUCUGAAAUGGCGGAGAAGACUAUGACGCAACAAAAGAAAACAGUCCAUUUUUUUCUAAACGAAUAACACAGCUUAUAGAACUGGGUUACCUUUGGUUCUUACCCACUCUUGUCCAAUUAUCAAACGGCAUGAAACACGGGCGGCAGGGACGAGUUGACUCAGACCACAGCCUAGUUCUUCCGGAUCUGGCAAGGAGGCGUGAAGAGGAAUCAAGCUCCAAUUGAAUUACCCUCCCUCUCCAUUGUUUUCCCUCUAUUUUGUUCAAUAUAUCCUCUCUGCUCAUUCAUCUCCUGCAACAUCCAAGCCUCUAUUAAAUCGAAAACUGAGAUGGGGCUCUGAGAGUCGCCUGCCGCUUCGAGUGAGUGGACGAUCAAUAACAAUGGGGGCAUGCUGCAAUAACUUCUUCCGCGACACGUGGGACCGCUUCUCCGACCGCUGUACUCGCUUCGUGCCCUGCUUAUCUGAUCCUGCUCGGAGAUCAACAUUCUGCUUGCAGUUAAUUCUGGUGGUGCUGCACGUGGUAUACGUGGGCUUUAUAUUGGUGUUCAAUAGAGAGUUACUUGAGACAACCCGAGUAGAACCCUGGUACAUUGCAUUAUACAUGCUGUUGCUCAUUGCCACUGUGGUUCAAUAUUUCAUCACUUCUUCUUCAUCUCCCGGGUAUGUUAUUGACGCAAUGAGGGCGGUUGAUGAGGCAGGUGCCUUGUGUGAUAGCACAUCAGGGAUCUCAAACAAAGACAACCUGCUUCAAGCAAAAAUGGCAGUGUAGUUAUUACAAUUGAUAGGAAGCAGUUAGAAAAACAUCUCCUAGGCGGUAAUGCAACACCUUGGACAAAGCUAGUCAUGGAUCUGUAUCCCCACGGAUCAUCUUUAAGAACUUGGACUUGUACCUACUGUCACACUUUGCAGCCUCCUCGAGCUAAACACUGUCAUGAUUGUGACAAAUGUGUUCUUGAGUUCGAUCAUCAUUGUGCGUGGCUUGGGACAUGUAUUGGGAAGGGAAACCAUUGCCGUUUUUGGUGGUACAUAUUUGAGGAGACGAGUUUGUGCGUCUGGACUGGCAUUUUAUAUAUUCAGUUCCUUAAAUCUAGUAUAUCAAAGGCAUGGUGGACGUAUGCAAUUGUGAUUCUAUUGCUAGCUUUCUUGUCAAUCUUCUUUAUAUUCUUGCUUCUCCUACUACUUUUUCAUAGCUACCUUGUUUUAACAAACCAGACAACAUAUGAGCUUGUUCGACGGCGAAGGAUACCAUACUUGAGGGGGAUACCUGAGAGAGUGUUUCCCUUUAGUAGAGGGGUUUGUAGAAAUGUGUUCUUCUUCUGUUGUGACCGCAGCAGGGAGAUGUACAGAAUGGAACCUCUGCCAACGGCAAUGGAAAUAGAAGAGAAGUCAAAGCCGUAUACUUGCUCAGAUGUCAUGUCUUGCCGGUGUUGCUGUUAAUGACUUGGCCCAUCUGCCCGCCCGUUAGAGAUAUAGCAUUUGAAGGACAUGACAUGCAUCUAUUGUGCAUUUGAAGACCGGAGUCGAGGAAACUGCUGAGCAUUGGCAUCUGGCAAAUGGUUAGUUGCGGUUGCUUUUGGCAGUUUGGAAGUUUUCACCGUUGAUGGUGUGACUGUUGUAUAUGUACACUAGUGUUUGUUUGUCAACCAUCUAAUUCAAUUAAUUAUUAAAAUGUUUACGGGUGAAAAGUGGACAGUUUAGUGCAGCGUACGAUACAAGUUUGGACAAAUGUUACUUUGCUAUAAGGAUACAAGGUUAAAACGACAUAUCUAUAGUCUAGACAACAUUGUUAGCUGAACUAAAUUAUUGAUUACAGACUUGCAGUAUCCCAUGAUUCAGUUUUUCCCACAUUGCAAAUUAAUGUGGUGACAUAUUGUACAUUUGUACUCAUUAUUGAGGGCUUGUUUG